AUGUCUGCUCUUCAAUACCCCCUAGGCACUACUGCCUCCCUCCCCCCUAUUGCCCACCCCUGCGCAGACUACUCCUCCCCCUCCAUCCUAUGCAUCCACAACUACGGCGCCGUCCUCCCCGAAGGCUUCGAGCGAAUCAUCCAACCCAUCGUCGGCGCCACUGACACCUACGCCUCGACCUCCGUCCCUUCCGACCCAUCCUUUUCUCUGCUAUCUAACGCCAGCUUCCUCAUCUUCGACGAGGCCCGCGCUUCGGACAUUCUCGGCCCGGACCCAGUCGUCGACUUUAUUUUCCCCCUCGACAAUGUCCCCCACGAAGCCCCAACCUACGAACCCAACCUCAAUCUGAUCUUUUUUUCACGUCUCCGGCCAGAUCCCCCAGCUCAAUACGUCAUCGAUCUGAACAAUGAUCCUCCGACCCUCGAACAACGGAUUUCUGAUCCUCCUCUUGUUGUUCCUUGUGGAUCGACCUACCACGCGGGACUAAUCUACUGGUGUGGUUCGGCUACCUACAACGGGAUCUACACCCCGGGGAUAUAUGCCCUGAAUGCAUCAACUGGAAAGAUCCACCCUGUUCUUAACAACUACUUCGGUUACAACUUUGGAACAUGCGAUGAUCUGGCCGUCGCUUCGAACGGGGAUAUUUGGUUUACGGAUAACUGGUACAUCCACGGCCUCCCCCACAUCCAACACAACCACACCAUCCAUCUCGAAACCGCCGUCUACCGAUUCACGCCCUCCACCGGAAACAUCCAAAUCGUAUCCGACGACUUCUCCCAACCCAACGGAAUCACCUUCUCCCCUGACCAACGGACAGUAUACGUGACCGACACCGGCGCUGACGCCGUCUCCCUCGCCAGUGGGGAAAUUUCCUACCAUUCGAAUGGAAAACGUACCGUUUAUGCAGCGGACCUGUUGCCUGAUGGUACAGGGAUGGUGAAUAAACGGGCGAUAUUCCUAGCGCAGGAUCGUGUGCCGGAUGGGAUUAAAACAGCCAGCAAUGGGUAUGUGGUUACGGCGACGGGACAUGGGGUGGAUGUGUUGGAUGAGAGGGGGGUGUUGAUGGUUAGGGUGCAGACGAAUUUUACGGUGUUGAAUGUGGUUUGGGCGGGGAGGGAGGGGAAGGAGUUGUGGAUGGUGGGGUUUGGGGGGUGGGGAGGGUGA